AUGUCUCCAAGAUCCCUCAAGGCAGGUCUUCUUCUACUCCCGCAGCUACACCUGGCAUUGGGUUUGGCCAUCGCCCCCCGUCAGCAAGUGGUUUGUACCUAUGAGACGGCCGCCAGUUCCGGAGAAACCUGCCAGUCUUUCUCGGCGGAUUGGGGCUUGGACGUGCCAACCUUCGAGUCUCUCAACCCGGGCAUCACCUGCCCGGACCUCGUGGCCGGUCAGAACUACUGUGUAGUCGGCACAGUUUUAUCUGGUGGAUCGACUACAAGCUCCUCAACUCUCACCACCUCCACGUCAACCACGGCAUCGCUAUCCUCAUCGACUCCAAAUCAACCGCAACAAACCGGUACCGCCGCCAAUUGCGACCAAUUCUAUCUUGUUCAGAUUGGAGACUCGUGCGAAAAGAUCGAAGCCGAGUUUGACAUCAGCGCGACCCAGUUCCUUAAGUGGAACCCAUCUGUCGACUCUGAUUGUUCCAACAUCCUGGCAGGCUACUACUACUGUGUAGACGUCCCCGGCACCACCGUUCCCGUUACCACUACAGUACCGGCGACCACCACUACCACCACUCCCGCUGAUGGCAUCACCACGCCCACGCCCAUCCAGACCGGCAUGACCGACAACUGCAGCAAGUUUGACCUCGUUCAAUCCGGUGACAGCUGCGAAGCCAUCGCCGCGAAAUACGACAUCCAACUGUCCACCUUCUACACCUGGAACCCGGCCGUCGGCUCGUCCUGCGCCAACCUCGACGUGGGCUACUAUGUCUGUGUGGAGACUCUGGGCUACACAGCGCCGACGACCACGACAGCCGCCGCCGGCAGCGCCAUCACUACCCCGACGCCUUUCGAGCCCGAAAUGGUGGCUGGCUGUACCACUUUCUAUUUCGUCCUCUCGGGCGAUACGUGCCCGUCAAUUGCUAGCAGUCACGGCAUCACCGUCGCCGAUAUUGAGCAGUGGAACGCCAAAGUCGGAUCCGCCUGCACAGACCUCUGGUUGAAUGAGUACAUCUGCGUGGGCGUCUGAAAGUCUUAUCAUAUC